UCAGUUAAUAAUUUUAAUAAUCAAACAUUUAACUUUCUGGAACCACAGUUCUGGGGAAGAAUAAGGAGUAAAAUUCUGUAAAGAAUAAUGAUAAGAGAUGACAAUUACCUAAGCUUUGUUCGUGCCAAAUAAAAAUUGUUGGGAGGUUUUUUUAACAUACCAACCCUAAUAUUAUCUUUGCUUUAUUUAUUCAACGUCAACGUUUGUCAUACAUAAUUAUUACAUUGCAUUAAAUCCCUUUAAUUUUUUUAUUUCACUAAAAUGGAUGAUUUUGGAGACAACUUUGUACAAACUGAAGUAGAUCCAGCAGCAGAAUUCUUAGCUCGGGAACAAAACCAGCUAGCAGGGCUCGAAGAUGAACUGGAAACCGGUGCUCCGCCCCCACUCGCUGUCUCAUCGGGCAGCAAUGGACUUGACGAUUUCGUUGAAAUACCAAGUUCUGCAGUAUUUGAAGCUAAUGAUUUGAUGGAUGAAGAGCCGUCCGCACCUGCCGUGGCUCCUGUGACACCAGUGUUCCGUCAGGAAAGAGAAGAACCAGAAAAGAUUAAACUGUGGAGGGAAGAACAGAAAAAAAGGUUGGAGGAAAAAGAUGCCGAGGAAGAAGAAAAGAAGCAGGAAAUGUUAAAAGUAGCUAAAAAAGAGCUGGAGGAUUGGUAUAAAACUCACGAGGAACAAAUAUCUAAGACCAAAGCAGCUAACAGGGAGUCCGCUAAAAAUGCCGAGAAGGCUUUGGCAAGGGGCUCGGAAGACGGACUCGAGGAUUCCAAUGAAUGGGCACGCGUUUCUGAACUGUGUGACUUUGGACCGAGACGUGGACGCGAUGUAGCACGUCUACGGUCUAUUGUACUGCAGUUGAAGCAGUCAGGAGUUCGUCCCAAAUAUCCACCACGCACCACCAAGGUCGCCUGAAUAUAGCCACAUAAUGAAGAAAUAAUUGUUACGGACCUGAACAACUCCGACAGGCCAGGUCUUAGGUUAUAUCACAUUAUAAUGUAAAUGUUAUAUGUUAUAAAUGUUCAUCUACAAAUAAUAACAGCUUUGUGGUAAAUGUUAUUUAUUGAAACUUUUUAUUUUAAAUUGUUCAGCUACAUGGCUUUAAUUUGUGAGGGCGACCUCUGUUUAUUUGAUCAUAGUAUUAAAGAGAUGUCAUUCCAUAAACAA